AUGGGAAACCUAUGGGAGAAGAGACGCUUUGAUGGACCUUUGGUAUCUAAGCAGUGGAAUCAGGUCGAGGAACAAAAGCUAAGUUCAGCCGCGGUUCAAGCCCUUCUGUUUGCCAACGACUGGCGACCAGACCCUGCGGGACACUGCUGGGCUGGAGGAGGGCGCGAGCCGGGAGACGACGGGACGCAGCAGCGGGGCGGGGUUCAGGGGCGCGAGGCGGCUCCCGGGAGAGUUCUGGGGCCGGGAGAGCCGAGCUGUGCGCCCCGGCAAGAGGGUGCGGAGGGUGGAAAGGGGCGCGGGCCCCUCCACCCACGCGUCCAUUGGGCGGUGCCGCCAUCGCUCUCUGCUCGGCAACACUGCCUUCUCCUCCUCCGCCCAGCCCGGAUCCCCUCCCCCGCCGUCCUCCCCCCGCCCUGUCCUGGGCGCCUUUCAUUGGACGGAGGCGCGGUCGAUCCGCCUCGAGUCAGGCAGCCGAUUGGACACGAGGCCUUCGGGCCGCCCCCAGCCUGCUCGGAUUGGCUUGCUGCGCGUUGGCGCAACGGAAGAGGCGGCCUGCCGAGGUUGCCGUUCUGCUCUGGCUGGUUUGCCGCGGAGGAGGCGACGAGGGGAUCGGAGCUGGGGGGCUGGCUCGGGCGGCAGCGGUGGCUGCUGCGGAUGGGAGCGGGCCGGCUCGGCGCGCCCAUGGAGCGCCACGGCAGGGCCUCCGCCACCUCCACCUCGUCGGCUUGGGAGCCGGCGCCCGGCGGCCCCGAUGGGCGGCGGCGGGAGCCACUGCGGCGCCGGGCGAACAGCGCGUCGGCUCCCGCCGUCGGGGCCUCGGCCUCGGCGGAGAGCGUAAGGCGGGACCGGCCCGGCUCUUACGGCGGCGCUACCUCGGCCUCCCGUCAGCGCGUCGAAAGCCUCAGGAAGAAGCGGCCGCUUUUUCCUUGGUUUGGCUUGGAUAUUGGUGGGACCCUGGUCAAGCUGGUUUAUUUUGAACCCAAAGACAUCACUGCUGAAGAAGAAGAGGAAGAAGUGGAAAGUCUUAAAAGCAUUCGGAAGUACCUGACCUCCAAUGUGGCUUAUGGGUCCACGGGUAUUCGGGACGUGCACCUGGAGCUGAAGGACCUGACUCUGUGUGGACGCAAAGGCAAUCUGCACUUUAUACGCUUUCCCACUCAUGACAUGCCUGCUUUUAUUCAAAUGGGCAGAGAUAAAAACUUCUCGAGUCUCCACACUGUCUUUUGUGCCACUGGAGGUGGAGCGUACAAAUUUGAGCAGGAUUUUCUCACAAUAGGUGAUCUUCAGCUUUGCAAACUUGAUGAACUAGAUUGCUUAAUAAAGGGAAUUUUAUACAUUGACUCAGUUGGAUUCAAUGGACGAUCACAGUGCUAUUACUUUGAAAACCCUGCUGAUGCUGAAAAAUGUCAGAAGUUACCAUUUACUUUGAAAAAUCCUUACCCUCUGCUACUGGUGAACAUUGGCUCUGGGGUUAGCAUCUUAGCAGUAUAUUCCAAAGAUAAUUACAAGCGAGUCACGGGUACCAGCCUUGGAGGAGGAACUUUUUUUGGUCUUUGCUGUCUUCUUACUGGCUGUACCACAUUUGAAGAAGCUCUUGAAAUGGCGUCACGUGGAGAUAGCACCAAAGUGGAUAAACUAGUGCGAGACAUUUAUGGAGGGGACUAUGAGAGGUUUGGACUGCCAGGCUGGGCUGUGGCUUCAAGCUUCGGAAACAUGGUGAGCAAGGAGAAGCGAGAGGCUGUCAGUAAAGAGGACCUUGCCAGAGCGACUCUGAUCACCAUCACCAACAACAUUGGCUCAAUAGCAAGAAUGUGUGCCCUUAAUGAAAACAUUAACCAGGUGGUAUUUGUUGGAAAUUUCUUGAGAAUUAAUACGAUCGCCAUGCGGCUUUUGGCCUAUGCUUUGGAUUAUUGGUCCAAGGGACAGUUGAAAGCACUUUUUUCGGAACACGAGGGUUAUUUUGGAGCCGUUGGAGCACUCCUUGAGCUAUUGAAGAUCCCCUGAUUGUUACCUGGGCAGGAGUUCCUGAAACCUUCCACAAUGGGAUCUGUGGACUUUUGUUUUUUUAAGAGACUUACUCAGUUUUAUGAUUGUGUACUACCUGAAUCAAAGCAAGAAAGGACAAAUGUAUUUUUCUAAGUCAUCAAGAUAAAUCCUUAAAAUUCAGUCAAACUAAUAACCAGUAAGGGGAGAUAUAUAUUAAAAAAAAAAAAGUGGACCAUG